CAGAGACUGCGGACACAGUACAGGAGAUGACCAGAGACUGCGGACAACAGUACAGGGGAUGACCAGAGACUGCGGACACAGUACAGGAGAUGACAAGAGACUGCGGACACAGUACAGGGAUGACCAGAGACUGCGGACACAGUACAGGGAUGACCAGAGACUGCGGACACAGUACAGGAGAUGACCAGAGACUGCGGACACAGUACAGGGAUGACCAGUGACUGCGGACACAGUACAGGAGAUGACCAGAGACUGCAGACACAGUACAGGAGAUGACCAGAGACUGCGGACACAGUACAGGGAUGACCAGAGACUGCG